UCAACAAAGGCUGCCAUCAUGAGUCUUAAACAAGCCUGCAUCUUUCUCAGAGGAGGAACAAGGAGACAAACAAGAGCUCUUACACACGAUGAGAUAGAAGAGUUACGCGAAGCUUUUGUAGAGUUUGACAAAGACAAGGAUGGUUUCAUAAGCUGUAAAGACUUGGGAAACCUGAUGAGGACCAUGGGUUACAUGCCAACUGAAAUGGAGCUGAUCGAACUGAGCCAGAACAUCAACAUGAAUUUGGGGGGACGGGUGGAUUUUGAAGAUUUUGUGGAACUAAUGACCCCCAAGCUUGUGGCUGAAACUGCAGGGAUGAUUGGGUUGAAGGAACUUAAGGACGCUUUCAGAGAGUUUGAUAUAGAUGGUGAUGGGGCUAUCACAUCAGAUGAGCUGAGACAUGCCAUGAUAAAGUUAUUAGGUGAACAAGCCAGCAAAAAUGAAAUUGAUGCAGUUGUCAGAGAAGCUGACAACAAUGGGGAUGGAACAGUUGACUUUGAGGAGUUUGUGAAAAUGAUGUCACAGAAAUGAGGACAACAGAAUGAAUGGAUGGCUGUGAAUGGGAGGAUGCAUUUUAU